CAAUAAGCACAGUCUCAGGGAAAUAUGAAGAUUUAAUGUUUUGAGUAAAGUUAACCACAAAAAAUAUUGUUCAUCGGGCUUUUUGUUUGUUUUCUAAACAGCAAUCUACUAUGGGUCGAUUAGAUGAAAAGACCAUUUUGCUUUCUGCUGCUGCUCAGGGGAUAGGCCGAGCUGCUGCCAUUGCUUUUGCAAAGGAAGGAGCAAAGGUAAUUGCUACAGAUAUCAAUGAAGAAAAACUUAAAGAACUAGCUCAAUAUUCAGGUAUUGAAACAAGAGUUCUUGAUGUAACUGAUAAAAAUCAAAUUGAACUUCUGGCCAAAGAGUUUGGCAAUAUAGAUGUUCUCUGUAAUAUUGCUGGAUUUGUCCAUCAUGGCUCAGUUCUGGAUUGCACUGAAAAUGACUGGGACUUCACAAUGAACGUAAAUGUUCGCAGCAUGUACAUGAUGAUAAGAACCUUUCUGCCAAAGAUGCUGGAGCGAAAGUCUGGCAAUAUUAUUAAUAUGUCUUCUGUGGCAUCAUCCAUCAAAGGUGUUGUGAACCGAUGUGUUUAUAGCACAUCUAAAGCUGCUGUUAUUGGACUUACUAAAUCUGUGGCAGCGGACUUCAUUGAGCAAGGUAUUCGCUGUAACUGCAUUUGUCCUGGAACGGUAGAUACACCUUCGCUAAGGGAACGAAUCCAAGCCAUGCCUAACCCAGAACAGGCACUAAAUGAUUUUGUUGCAAGGCAGAGGAUGAAUAGAUUCUGCACAGCAGAAGAAGUGGCACAUCUAUGUGUGUUUCUAGCUUCAGAUGAGGCUGCCUUUAUAACUGGAUCUGAAUAUAUAAUUGAUGGGGGCUGGAGUCUGUAAAUUAAAGAACAUGGGAAGCAGUUACUUCUGAAGAACAAAUCUCUUUGGUCAAAUGUUUUACAUUACUUUAGUCAGCAAAUUAUGGAAUACUCUAAGAAAAAUAUAUUUCAUAAAAGAAUCUAAUUCUUGUGAAUCUCUGUCUUUGUUUCAUGAAUCAUAUAUUCGAAGGUGGCUUAUCCACUUCCCCAUCUAAAGAUAUUUAAAAUGAACUGCUUUUCAUCUGUUUUAUAUUGCUCUGCUAUCACCAACACAAUGCUUUUGUUGAUUUUAUUACAGGCAGCUAAUGAGUGGACUGUGAUGUGAUUUUAUUUUUUUUUAAUUCAAUUAAAUGUAAUUUCUUGUCAA